UCUCUCUCUCUCUCAAAUGGACUCCUUUUCCAAUCCCGAACCGAGUAGAAACCCUAGCUCGAUCGGCGAUGAUGCUGGCGCCGGCGCCGGAGAACCCGACCCUUCCCCUGAAUCCCUCGCCGUCGAGCCCGAUCGCGCUCCAAUGCUGGGGGAUGAAGCCAAUGGGUCCAACCAAGAUGGCUCCGAUCGAAAAAGUGCCGAUUUGGAGCUGGCCAGAGAAGGAUUCGGCGCCAGCGCCGUGAAUCCAGAUGGGUCGGGGUCGAAAAGUCUCGAGUUGGGCUCUCCCAUCGAUCGGAAGAUGGAAAAGGUUAGCUUGAUAGGUCCUUCUGAUCCUGCGGAUUCGAAAGAGGAUCGUAGUGGAGUCCCCAUGGCCGUCAAUGGCGUUCCUGUGGAACCCCCUGUCGAUGGAAGUGCCCAAACAUCGAAGGGGGAAGGAAGCAGUGGGGUUUCUUUGGCUACUGACUCGAGAUUGGAGGGAGAAGACGAUGGUGCUGAUAGCAGUGAGGAUGGUGCGGAUAGUAGUGAGACAAAAUCGGAGGAGUCGGGGGGUGAUGAUUCUUCAAGUGAAGAAUCCUCUUCUUCAAGCAGCGAGGAGGAGGAUGAGGAUGGUGAUAGUCUGCAUAGUGAAGAUAAAGAAGAUCAAGAGGAAGAACUUGUUGCUGGUAGUGAUGGUGAAGAAGAGGCUGCGAAGAGAGCAAUCAGGUCAAAACACGAGCCCGAGGUGCUACCUCCAGUUCCUCCAGUUGAAGUAACCUUGGAACCGCACCAUCAAUUGUCGCCAUUGGGGACAAUUUCAUCUAUUUUGGGCACCAAAGUUAUUGUUGAGGGUUCAGUGAAUCACAACCCUCUUAAUGAGGGUUCUAUUAUAUGGAAAACAGAUACUAGGUCUCCAUUAGGGCUCGUGGAUGAAAUAUUUGGACCUGUAAAAUGCCCUUACUAUGUUGUCAGAUAUAAUUCUGACAAAGAUGUCCCAGUUGGAAUCAGCGAAGGAACUGCUGUCUCGUUCGUCAUGGAAUUUGCCAAUAACAUUCUGAGUGUGAAGGAUCUGUAUAAGAAAGGUUAUGAUGCAUCAGGUGAGAAUGAUGAGGAGAUCACUGAGCAGGUGGAAUUCUCAGAUGAUGAGAAGGAAGCUGAAUAUAAGAGAUAUCUGCACCAAGAAAAGAGAGGAGCUGAUGAUAAGAGAGAGGGGAAUUGUCAGAAUGCAUCCAGAAGGAAAAAGACCAAAUCUAAGGGCACUGAGCCUCGGAAAGGCUUGAGACCUCUACUCCCUCGUGGUCCAGUGGCCAUGAACCAGGUGCCACCUGGAGUUUCAGGCCCUCUGGCAUCUUUAGGUGCAAACAAUUCUGCUUAUGGAAGGGGUACAUAUUAUUUGGGAGCUGGGAGUGCAUGUGGAAGUGCUCCUCCAAUGGUACCAGCAGUUCCACAAGCAAUGAAUUCAGGUGGUUGUCCUCCUAAUGUAUCUCACCAGUUUUUACAGCAGCAACCAAAUUCUAUUUGGGCUCAUAGUUUGCCACCUCAGCAGCAGCCAAAUGCUUUCUGGCCCUAUGGAAAGCCACUUCCACUGCAACAGCAGCCAAAUGCUGUUCAGGCUUCUGGAAUGCCACCACAGCAGCAGCUGGAUGCUGCUAUCCGAGGAUUUCAGAUGAAUGCCUCACCUAGCCAGCAGUUGGGAAACCAUGUUCAUCAUCAGCAGCAUCAAAAUCAGGUUUCUAAUAGUAAUAUGAAUAUGAUGCCAUCUCAGCAGCAGCAGUUUGUUCCUCUAUUUGGAGCUCCUACCAACAUGCCAUGGCCAUUCAGGCCACUAAAUGUCUUAGCUGGUCCUGUGGCUCCUUUGCUGGCGGGGCCAGUUGGCAUUAGUCAAGCAUCAUCUGGGCAAGGCAAUAUAUCUGCACAAGGAGGUGCAGGGCUAAGUAAUGGACAGAGUCACCAACAACAUUCACCAACUAUUCUUCAUGCUGGGAUGCUGCCUCCACUGCAAUAUAAUUUUGGGAGUUCAUCUGUUCGUGGAAGAAAGCUUAAUGUGAGAGGAGGUGGUCAUUCCUUUGGCAGAGGUGCGUGGAGGCGAAAAGGGUAGAUAUAUAUAUAUAUUGUUUUGGUUUGGAUGUUUUUGAAUAUAUAGAUAAGCGAUCAGAAAUUUUACCUUGCAGAGAGCUUUACCUUAUGUGACGCAUUUCCUUUUAUCAGCCUUACAUGUAGAACAGAGAUUAGAAUUUGUAUUGCCAUACAUUUAAGCAGAACUGCUUUCUUCUCCAUUUUCCAUUUUUUUCCAAAAGAAAGACAACUUUGAAGAUGUGUUUUUUUUAAAAUGUCUGUUCAUAGUGGUUGCAGAUGCAGGAAUGAUGCAUAUGCCUAAUUGGCAUAUGGCUUGUCAGUUGUGGUUAUAGUGUGCAUAUACCAGGGACCAGCACCAUUUCUUUCUGUACAUUUCUCGUAGUCAAAAUCAUUCUUGUCACUUGCAAGAAUGCUCCUUGGUGUAUGUGAUUUGUUGUUCAUGUAAUGGGUGAAUUCUUGCUUGGAGUCGCAAAAUUUUUCAGAAUAAUCGGCUGAGAAUUGCUUAAUUCAAAACUUUGUUUUUAAUUCUA